GCGAGCCGUUGGGCCUGGCGCUGGGAAGGCGUUGCCGCCGCCUCCGCCGCCGCCACCACCGCCAGGAAGCGCCCGGAUUGGAGCGAGCGCAGCGUGGCCAUGGGCCGCAGCCGGGCCCCGCCGGAGAGGCUGGGCGGCCGCCGGUGACAGACGCUGCUCCGUCCACCACACCUCCUGCAUGUCCUGCUGCCCUGAGCUGUGCCGAGCAAGGUGACAGUGUGUCCCGCUGCCACCAUGAAUGAGGUGUCCGUCAUCAAAGAAGGUUGGCUCCACAAGCGCGGUGAAUACAUCAAGACUUGGAGGCCCCGGUACUUCCUGCUGAAGAGUGACGGCUCCUUCAUUGGCUAUAAGGAGCGACCUGAAGCCCCUGACCAGACCUUACCCCCCCUGAACAACUUUUCUGUUGCAGAGUGUCAGCUGAUGAAGACUGAGAGGCCACGGCCCAACACCUUCGUCAUCCGCUGCCUGCAGUGGACCACAGUGAUCGAAAGGACCUUCCACGUAGACUCUCCAGAUGAGAGGGAGGAGUGGAUGCGGGCCAUCCAGAUGGUCGCCAACAGCCUCAAGCAGCGCAGCCCUGGAGAGGACCCCAUGGACUACAAGUGCGGCUCUCCAAGUGACUCCUCAGCUGCCGAGGAGAUGGAGGUGGCCGUCAGCAAGGCAAGGGCCAAAGUGACCAUGAAUGACUUCGACUAUCUCAAGCUCCUGGGCAAGGGCACCUUUGGCAAAGUCAUCCUGGUGAGAGAGAAGGCCACAGGCCGCUACUACGCCAUGAAGAUCCUGCGGAAGGAGGUGAUCAUCGCCAAGGAUGAAGUCGCCCACACAGUUACGGAGAGCAGAGUCCUCCAGAAUACCAGGCACCCAUUCCUCACCGCCCUCAAGUACGCCUUCCAGACCCACGACCGCCUGUGCUUCGUGAUGGAGUACGCCAAUGGAGGCGAGCUCUUCUUCCACCUGUCCCGGGAGCGAGUGUUCACGGAGGAGCGCGCCCGCUUCUACGGCGCUGAGAUUGUGUCGGCCCUAGAGUACCUGCACUCUCGGGACGUGGUGUACCGCGAUAUCAAGCUGGAAAACCUCAUGCUGGACAAAGAUGGGCACAUCAAAAUCACAGACUUUGGCCUGUGCAAGGAGGGCAUCAGCGACGGGGCCACCAUGAAGACCUUCUGUGGGACCCCCGAAUACCUGGCCCCCGAGGUGCUGGAGGACAACGACUAUGGCCGUGCGGUGGACUGGUGGGGGCUGGGCGUGGUGAUGUAUGAGAUGCUGUGUGGCCGCCUGCCCUUCUACAACCAGGACCACGAGCGCCUCUUCGAGCUCAUCCUCAUGGAGGACAUCCGCUUCCCGCGCACGCUCAGCCCCGACGCCAAGUCCCUGCUGGCUGGGCUGCUCAAGAAGGACCCCAAGCAGAGGCUCGGUGGGGGGCCCAGCGAUGCCAAGGAGGUGAUGGAGCACAGGUUCUUCGUCAACGUCAACUGGCAGGACGUGGUGCAGAGGAAGCUCCAGCCGCCCUUCAAACCUCAGGUCACCUCUGAGGUUGACACCAGGUACUUUGACGAUGAGUUCACCGCCCAGUCCAUCACCAUCACGCCCCCAGACCGCUAUGACAGCCUCGGCUCCCUGGAGAUGGACCAGCGGACCCACUUCCCCCAGUUCUCCUACUCGGCCAGCAUUCGCGAGUGAGCGCCGGACCAGCAUGAACACAGCUGCCAGACCGCGGGGCUCGCCUUGCUCUCUCUGUUAGACGUUCUGUUUUGCCUUUUUAGUUUGCACCCCCCCUCACUGUCUCAGCCCCACUUCUGUUCUCUGCAGCUCUCCAACCACCCCCCAACCCCCCGCGGUCCUAGCAGCACCACCUGCCCUCACCUCUGUGCCCACACCAGGAUUGGGGAGAUGCCUCUGGCCACCUCAGGAGCAGGUGGUGGGAGAUUUCCAGGUUUCAUCAGCACAGACCCGGUCAGGGGCUGAGCAGGGCCGGGCCAGCCUGCUGUGCGCCCCGCCUCGUGGGGCACGGUGCCCUGCCCACGGGCAGGAAAGCAAUAACGCCAAGGCCCCAGCCGCCCCGUGUGCCCUGCGGGGAGCCAGGUGGGGCCAGGCCGGGGCGCUGCAUCCUGGCCCUGCCACCUACCGUCAGCCAUGCUCCCGAUUCCGGGUGAGGCAGGGUGAACACUCGGGGGCUUGUCCCCCACCUCCUCCCCCAGCCCUGUGCCUUACCUGGGCUUUGUCCAGCCGGCCCGUCUCUUGCUGGACCCCCAAGGACAGGCCCAGGAUCGCCCCUUCUCUGCCUGUUACACAUCUCACACCGAGACAGUAUUGGGCCUGGGACUGGGCCCAGGCUGGUGUCCGGUACAUACUGAGGUGGGGCCUCUGAGAAGGUGCCUCACUCGCUCCCGUCUCUGAGCUCCACAUUCUGUAGCCUUAAGGUGAAUGUGUGUCUGCUGUGGGCGUGUGUGGCGGCCCCGGCCCUGUGUGUGCCAGCAGACAUGA